UCCCGGCAACGUCCACAUCAUGGCGAAAACACACACGGAGCGUUUGUUGAAAAUUGUUCGCAUUACAAAAUUCUGCUCCGACAUUUGUGGUGUGAAUAUCUACGAAGACGAUUAUCGGAUUAAUUAUCGCACCUUUUUUGUCAUUGCUGUUAUUGGAACGUCGUUCAGCUUUCUCAGCUAUACCAUGUAUGAUGGCUAUGGCAAGGAAGGCGAUUGGACGAUUUUGGUCCAGGUCAUAUCAUUGGCUGGGGGUACGCUUUUGCAAGGCUUUUUCGUCCUGAUCCUUUUCCUGACCAAACAGGAGAAAUAUCGUUUCCUGCUCAAGGAGUGCAUUAUCCUGUAUGAGAAAUACGAAAAAAUGGAUUCCGAUUAUCGUGUGUAUCUGAACAAGGGCAUACAUCUGUUGGCCAACUUUAUGAAGGUGUGCGCCUUCAUUAAUUUUAUGUUGGUCCUGGGCAUGACUUUUGUGACCAUCUUUUAUAAUCUGAUAUUUGGUACAAAUGAGACCCUCGUCUAUGGCUAUUGUCCAUGGGUGAGCCUUGAGACUACGGGGGGCCUGUGGACCACAAAUAUGGUCCAGGCCUUGUUGAUUGCUGUGGGAGGAUUUGGUUUGUAUUCGGGUGAUAUGUCGGUGCUGACACCGAUCUCUCAGAUACCCACUUUCAAGGGGAUAAUUCAAUGUAAAUUUCGUGAGCUGAAUGAUCUGCUGGAUGAUGACCAUGAAAGUGAGAUGGCAAAGAAAAUUAAGACCCUGGCGGCCCUAAAGGAUAUUCUGCAAUUUCAUCAGACAUAUUUGAGAUUCCUUGAUGUCAGCCGCGAGGCUGUCUACUGGAGUGUUUUCGUCAAGGUGGGCACUUGCUUUAUAGGCAUUGCCUUCGCCUUGUUUUGCAUACUUUUGGGCUCCUGGCCAGCUGGAUAUAUUUACAUGCUUUACUGCUUUGUCAUGAUGCAGGUUUUUUGUGGCAUGGGUACACUGGUGGACAUAACUAACGAAGAAUUCAUCCAUUCCUGCUACAAUGAUGUUCGCUGGUAUGACCUAACCAUUUCGGAAAAGAAAAUGUUGAACAUUAUGUUGAUGAUGGCCCAGAAUACGGAAGGUCUGACCAUUGCCUCGAUAAUGCCGCUCUCGAUGAACACUGGCCUGCAGGUGACCAAGACUAUUUACUCGUUGACCAUGUUGUUGCUGACAUUUGUUAAUUGAAUGAAUGUUUAUAUGUUUUUAAAAUUUUCAAUAUUAAAUUUCUUUGAAAAAUUUGCACUUGAUUUUGAGUAGUGCGACGCACCAAAUA